AUGGAAUCCAAUACUUGUCGUGAAAUCUCUUUUCCAUACACAGACCUGUACCUCCACCACUUACAAGCCUCUCUGACUCCAGCCUACAUCCAAUCCCAAAUCCCCGAGUCUGAAGUUGCCAGUCAGAUCGAUGAAGACAGACUCAGAAGUAUGGCAGCAAGGGAUGAAGAGUGGGCUAAAUUGAUAGAAGAAGUUGAAGAGAAGGAGGAAGAACUGAAGAAAUAUAAUAAUAAACUAAAUGGAUUAAAAGAGGGAUGGUCAUUUCUAAAGAUUUAUACAAAAAAGAGCAUAAAGAAAGAAAAAUAUUUAAAAAAAUAUGGAUAUAAGAUGGAAACUCUUAGACAGGAAAUUCUUACAGACACGGAAAGCCUUACAAAUAAUUAUAAUAUAAUUUUUAAUCAACUUAAGGUUCAAGAAUUCACCAAAAUCCUUAAUAAACUCACUGAACAAAAAAUAGAAACUAUUUCCAAAACUCUGAAAUCGAGUCUCUACACUCUGACGUGCACCCCCUUUCCAGAAUCCUGCUUAGCCAGACUUGUCUUCUCUCCGAUCACCUUGGACUCCCAAGUCAGAGCAAUCAUGCACGAAAUAUUAAACGAAAGGCCAGCUGAUCCUGAACUAUACACCAAAGAGAUUAAGAAUGUUCAAGAAUGGGAAUUUGAAGAAGUUGAGAUUAUUUUAGAUGACCAAGGCAGAAAGGAAGCAUCUAAAUUCUUUGAGAAUACUGGGGUCGAUCACUUUUGAGAAGUUAUUCGAAAGAUUAACGUCAAGAUGUUAGAUACACUUAUUUUGAAGAAAUUUUGUUUUAGAAAUGAGAGUUUGAAUAGAAUAAUUUCAGCCUUGAUGAAAACAAGAAUUGAAAGGCUUGUCUUUAAUAAUUGAAGGUUUAAAAUGACAAAAUAAAUCAACAUUUGACUCUUGAUAUCAUGAAGAAGUGGAAGGCCCGAAACUUAUGCUAUCGAGACCUUUGAAACAAAAGGAUAUGAUAGAUUCAGAAGAAAAUAAUAUAAUCGAUGAAAAUUCAGAUAAUCACAUAAAGAAAAGAGCCUUAUAUGGUCUUUCUUUCAUUAACUGUUAUACUUCAUCUACAAGCACAGAAGAAGAUGAAAACAUGGAUUAUCAGAGUAUAGCAGAUCUAAAUCUAAACCAAAACCACCAAUUUGACUCUUACAAACUCCCCUCUGACCCAAAAUUCAAAAAGAUACUCUCGAUGAAAAGCGUAAUCCUUUCCAUAAUCAGACAAAUCGACUCUUUAAAAGCCUUCUACAAAGACAGAACCUUGGUCUCCCUCACCCUUCAAAAUCUGUAUCUCCCAGAAUCCUCCAUCACUGCCAUCAAAGAAACCUGUCCGUUCUUGGGAAUAUUCAUUGUGGGAGAUCAAAUCCAAGAGAAUUAAGAUGACUCUGAAAGAUAAAUAUUC